AUGUCGCUCAUCCAGGGUUUUAAUAAACUUGCAAGCACCCUGACUGAGUACACAUCAUUCAGAUCUGUCAGGAAGAAGUUUCAAGAACAGCUUGCAAGCAGAUUCUUGACUUAUUCCAAACAAGAUCAAGAUAAUUUUAUAGAAACUCUAUAUAAAUGGUCAACAAAUAGAAUGCACUCAACAAAUAACGUAGAUAAAAUCAUCGCUCUUGCUUGUUUUGCAUAUAUACUAGAUAUUGUCGAAGAUCAAACACAUUAUCAAAAUAUUGCUAACCAGCUCGAAAGAAUUUUACCCGUAGAAAGCAUCAUUGUCAUUGAUGGUGUCACAUUCUUGCUCGAACGCGUUGCCAGACGCUCAGAAACUCCAAUUCUUCCAACAUUAUUCGAAAGAUUAACAUCCAGAAUCUUCUCAACGAGUGUACUCUCCUCAGUAUUCAUUUUCAAGAACGUCAUAUUCACAGAUAUCGACUUAUACCGCCGCUUUUCCGGCCACAUAAACCACAUCGUUUAUGGCGCAAUAAAACAUCAAGAAUCUCAAGUCAGAGCUUGCGGCGUUGAGCUCUUUCUAGGCAAAAUAAACCACGACUCCUCCCCCGACGAAUGCGCAAAUACGAUGCUCGAUGACUGCUUCCAGGCCUUGGAAUCACCUUGUCCUUUACACGUAGUCGACGGAUAUUUUUCAAUGAUCGAAGGAAUCAUCAGAACUAAGCCGCGCUUGCUCGCAGGGAGAGCGCAGAUACUCACAAAGGUAGUCGUCUUCCAGAUGAACCAACAGUCUAUGCUGACAGUCUUGAAUCAUGUCCUGGCGAUCCAGGAGUUCCGGAAUUUCACACCUCAAUUUCAGGCCAAACUACUCACAAUAUUUUCUGAAAUCUCUCAAUUUUCUGAAGAGGUAUCACAAUUGCUCUCAAAAUUAUUGAAUACCGAUUCAAUUGAUGGAGAAGCCUACGCGCCAUUGAUAUUUAAGCUCCCCGAUGAAUGCUUUUUCAUCGUAGCACCUUCUUUGCUUCGAAAAUACAAUAAUUUCAACGACCAAAUUUAUUCUCGAUUAAAAGUUGCCCAAAUUACCAUCGAUGUGCUUAAAACAGCUAAAAUAUUAUCAGAACAAUCAACUAUAAUCGCAUCAGAGAUAUCAGAAACGUACUCUCAAUAUAUUCGCGAAAAUUUCACAUCUAAUUUGACCAUUUCUUAUGAAAUCAUCAAAUUAAUAUCGUUAGAUGACUCAAUAGAUAAAAAUGAACUGUUAGAUGUCCUCAUCAAACAGCUUUCCACUGUAAAUGAGAAAGAUUCUCCAAAUCUUAUACAAGCGAUCUACACUUUGAUAUUAUCCAUAGAAGACAAGCAAAAAUACCUCAUGCAAACACUGUUCCUCGCCAAUUCGUCCUCUAAUUCUGAUUUGAGACUAAAUUCAAUAGAAUUAAUUCCUCAAGAAUUACUUUGUUUGUUCAAUUCUCCGCUUAUAUAUGACAUACUGAACUCAUUCAUUUCAGAUCAGAAGAGCUCUGUUCGUCAGGAAACUCAAAAUUUACUUUUACGCAUACAGAAAGUGAUUCCUGAUGAUAUAGAGGAGUAUUUAAAGACAAACAUCAAUCUGUUUUUUCACCAGUUACAAGGAUUUACCAGUCUUGUCACUAAAAGAUAUCAAUUGGAAUUAACUCCAAUUUUUAUCAGAUUAAAUACGAAAAUUAUCAAACCUUACGUCAGGAGGAUGGUAGAAUACUUCAUAAACAUACUAGAAGAAAGGUGUGAAACUCCAAAAUCAACUUUAGAAGCAACUCUUAAGCUAAACGAUAAAAAUAAUACGCGAAUCAUCCACAAAUGUGUCCUAAAAAGCAUUAACGAGCUCAUUCCUCAUAUUGACGAAUUCAAAGACCUUUUAUCAAAACUUAUAAACGCAAUUACAAACCAAUUGACGAUCAGCUCUCACAAAAGUUUACAUGUAGAGGUUGCAAAUACGUUAUUACUCAUUUUCAGAGCGAUAGACUUUCACGAAAUCUUCAAUGAAGCGGAUAUUGUGAAAAUGCACAAGGAAAUCUUCUCUUUUCUUUCAAAUUGUUCUGACUUUGAGACCAUUUGUGGCUUUUUCAGGCUGUUUGGAACAAUAGGACCCCUUGAACCGACUCAAUUCCACACAUUUGACUACGAAUCACAUUCUUUUGACUGGUCACCCAUCUGUGAUGUAUCCAAACGCCAGACUUGCUAUCUAAACUUCGUCAUGCAGUACGUUUUGGACCAAUUACAACAAUCUUCUUCAAUUUACGAACCAUCUGUACUAAUUAUAGCCAUUGUAUACAUCUUUCAGAGCGAUCCAUUCAAUUCCCUACCUUUCCUACCACAAAUUGUCCCAGUUUUCUCGAAAUUACUUAAUGAUAAAGUAUUUAACCCUCCAGAUGCCAUUUUCCACUUCCUGAGGUCCAUCAUUCUACUUGUAGAUGUCUCUAUUCUCCCUUACGGUGACAAUAUCAUGGAAAUGAUCCUUCCUUUCCUUCACGAAGCGAAUCUUCCCGCAAUUAAAGUAUUUUCUGCCCUUGUUUUCGCAUUGAAAGGAAACUAUAAGUACGAUCCAGCCAUAUUCAACCUGUUCGUAUCGAUUCUGAGGCAAAAGAACGUUUUACCAGAAGUAGACAAUUAUAUCAUGUUAACUUUAGCUCUUAUGGUCAUUUACAACGAGUCUUCGCCCUCAAUAUUCUUUGAACUCGCAUCCCAGCGAAUAAAGAACAACAACAAAGACUCAAUAACAUAUUUAUGUUGGAUAAUGAACACAGGGAAGUUUCAAUCUCUUGUUUUGCAAGUUCUUAGGCUCGCACUCUCAAUAAAAGGUCCUUUAGAACUCAAAGCUCAUGAACUUAUAUCAGUAAUUUACGCAAAAAAUCCGAAAAUCACAAAAAUCGUGAAUUUUCCAAAGGAAAACCUUCUCAGUGUAAACGAGACAGACUAUCAACCAAAGCCAGACAUCGUUCCUUCAAAGAUGAGGCCUGCUUCCCAGAGAAGAUUGAUAGAUACCAUAUUAUCUCAUCAAAACGUAGCAGAAUACACCCCGAUAUGGAUUCUACAGCUCACGCAAGACCUUGUUCUCUGUAGUAGUUCGGCUGCAAUUCGUGCUUGUCGACCAUUAUUAAACGGAGCAUCGAAAUUACAGUACGAUAUCUUUCCUUUAGCUCUUGUUUCCGUAUGGGAAGAUGCUCAAGAUGAAGAGCGUCGUCGAUUGAUGUCGUUUUUCGAAACAGUUGUCUCAUCUCCAAACGCGAAUCUUUCAGUUUUGUCAGUAAUUGUUGAUGGAGCAGAAGCUCUUGACCGCGCGGGCUUUUCCAUGUUCUACAACCCAAUGACUGCCGGAAAAAUCGCUGAGAAAUGCAAGUCUUGGUUUAAGGCCAUACGGUUUUUCUCAAAAGUUGACUUCCCCGAGGAACCUCUAAAACACUUAUUAAUGAUCGAAGCGCAAUUAAAACGGAAAAGCACUGCUAAUGGAUUAUUAGGAAUAAUUCCAUCGCAAACAACAGAUGCAGGGUUAUUUGAGUCAUUAAACAAAUGGGACAAAGCGUUAGAGAUAUACGAGACACAAAAAGAGUCAGAGACAAGUGUCCCAGGCAUUGUAAACUGUUACAUGAACAUGGACGAUUACGCUUCAAUUAUUUCGAAAGACCAAAUUUUCGAAAAACUCGUAAAAGAGACCAAAAUCAAAGCCGCCCUUCCAUUCUUCAUAGCUGCAUUAAACACUGGCCAGGAGACCGACAAAUACGAGCAGUUCCUUGUCCCUGAUACACCUACGAACUGUUGUUGGCGAGCGAUUUGCAAAAUCAAGAAAAAUUUACAAAAUGAAGCUGAAGAAUUCGUGAACAGGGCAACUAACGCUGCUGUUAUUAACUUUAGUCCUCCAGCAAACUACGAGAAUGCCAUGCCCCUGAUAAAUGAUUUCUUCUCCAUAGAAGACGUGAGAAACAUCUUGGAUGUGAACAAAAACAAAGAAAAUUCAAAACACAUCAUUGAAAUUUGGAAAAGAAAUUCAAAUUCAAUGAAAAACGAUUAUUCUCAAUUGAAAUUAUCAUGGGCCAUCAGGGAAUUACUAGAGUGUACACCGGAACAAAGGAGAGACAUGAAGAACACAUAUUUAGACAUAUUAAGACGUAUAAAAGAAUGGACUUAUUUCGAUGGAGUUUUCCAAUCAAUAGAAAAAGAUGAAAGAUCAUUAUUAAUUAGAUAUAUAACAAGAUACGACCGUGGCAUUGUUAAGAAUACAGAUGAACUGGCCAAAUUCGUAUCGAAACUCCAGAAAUCACAGAGAAUUGAUGUCUAUUGCGAUGCUGUUUGCGAUUUGGCAACAAGAACUGUUGUUACGGUGUUUGUCGUCAACCAAUUGGGUGAUGUGUUGAGAAAAAACACGAAUCACGCAAGAGCGUGGAGAUUAUGGACAUACACAAACCUUUCUUUGAUGCAGAAACCUGGAAAUGUAGCUGAAUUUUAUGCAAAUAAUACAAUGAACGGGUUUUGGAAAUUAUUGGAACUGAAUGGCUCUAAAAUGCAUUGGUUAUGCCAAUUAUGCUCUCUCUUCUUUACUUAUGGUACUUAUUUGAGCGAUUUCGAAAAUUUUGCAUCAAAAUUUAGAAAUUUGCCACCGGAAUCAGUAAUUUUAAUCAUCCCACAAUUGGUUGUACAACUAGAACACCCUGUAAAGGAAGUUCGUGAAGUAGUUUUCGAUAUAAUGAAAUCAUUUUCUGUAAACCACUUCCAAGCAGUUGCUCUACCUCUUAAUUUGCAGAGACACACAAAGUCAAGCGAAUUCAUCGACCAAUUGUUCAAUGAACAUAGUUUGGACGGAAAUGAUGUGACAAUUUUCGCUCAAUCGAUGACAUCUUUGGCCGUGACUCCUGCAGAAGAAGUAUCAAUAUUAUUAGAGAAGCUCCUGAAGAUUGGUGAUGAUUUUCCAUUGCAACAGGAAAGUUUAGAUAUAAUUAAGCGAGUAAGUGACAUUAUAUCGGCCAAGACCUACAAAUCCUUCCUUAAGGACUGGUUCUCAUGCAAACCUGCUAAACUGUUCAUUGAAAAAAGCGCCAGAGUUUUGAAUAUAAUAAAUUCAAAAACAGCAAAUGCAGAUAGAGUCUUUCUCUUCAAUGCUGCGAACGCGCUCCAUAUUUCAUUGAACAAGAACAUCGAAUCAGUCAAUUCCAUUGACAUAAAAGAGCUGGGACUUCCAAUUAUUACAGAUGACCUCAAAGUUUGCAUGCCAGGAAGCUACGAGAUCGGUAAACCACUUAUAACUGUAUCAAAGAUCCGCCACGUGCUGAAAAUGAUUCCUUCCGCGAAAAGACCGAGAAAAAUGCGAAUGUUGGGCAGUAACGGUCAAUCUUACAAAUAUCUACUGAAAGGAAGAGAGGAUUUGAGAUUGGACCAACACAUUAUGCAGUUUUUCUCUUUGGUUAAUUCGAUUUUGAGGAUGAAUAAAUCGACUGACGGAAGUUUCAACAUAAUCAUGCAGUAUCACGUUGUUCCUUUGACAACAGCAUCAGGACUGAUCUCGUGGGCUGCUGGAGGAGAGACUUUGAGCUCAUUAAUCUUAUGGAGAAGAAAAAUUUGCAACAGAACUGAAGAAUCCGAGAAAAAGGUGUUCAACGAGUUCUUAUAUAAAGGUAGAGAUAUUGCAAUCUACAUGAACAACCUCCAAAAACUCGAAUUAUUCAGAAAAUUAGUAAAUGUGGCUCCAGACAACGAAAUUGAUGAAGCUUUGUGGCUGAAAUCAUCAGGAGCAAGACAAUGGCUGAUGCAAACAACGAAUUUCAGCCGUUCUCUCGCUUUAAUGUCAGUUGUCGGUUACAUUAUUGGUUUAGGCGACAGACAUCCUCUAAAUAUACUGUUUAUGAAGAGAAAUGGCAAUAUCGUACACAUAGAUCUCUCAGAUUGCUUCGAAAAAGCUUCAUUAAGAAGAUAUGUCAGAGAAACAGUUCCUUUCAGACUUACAAGGAUGUUAGUAAGAGCUUUAGGAGCUGUUGGUACUCAUGGACUCUUCAAAACUACUGCGGAAGAUGUUUUGGGCCAACUUCGAAGAAAUUCUCAAACAUUGUUGGCUUUUUUGGACAUUUUCGUCCAGGAACCAGUAAUAGACGCUCUAUGGUACGAAGGAAGCCAGGAUGACAAAGAAGGAAGAGGUUUGAAACAGGCAAUUCGAAGAGUUGCAGAAAAAUUGGCUGGAAACGACUACGAAAUGAUAAUGACUAUUCCUCAGCACGUACAGAAGUUGAUAGAAGAGGCAACAUCGGAAAUUAACUUAAGUAGAAUGUAUCAUGGUUGGGCUCCUUAUUGGUAA